AUGCAGAAAUACAUGUGUACAGAGAUAUGCAGAAACACAUGUGUACAGAGAUAUGCAGAAAUACAUGUGUACAGAGAUAUGCAGAAAUACAUGUGUACAGAGAUAUGCAGAAAUACAUGUGUACAGAGAUAUGCAGAAAUACAUGUGUACAGAGAUAUGCAGAAAUACAUGUGUACAGAGAUAUGCAGAAAUACAUGUGUACAGAGAUAUGCAGAAAUACAUGUGUACAGAGAUAUGCAGAAAUACAUGUGUACAGAGAUAUGCAGAAAUACAUGUGUACAGAGAUAUGCAGAAAUACAUGUGUACAGAGAUAUGCAGAAAUACAUGUGUACAGAGAUAUGCAGAAAUACAUGUGUACAGAGAUAUGCAGAAAUACAUGUGUACAGAGAUAUGCAGAAAUACAUGUGUACAGAGAUAUGCAGAAAUACAUGUGUACAGAGAUAUGCAGAAAUACAUGUGUACAGAGAUAUGCAGAAAUACAUGUGUACAGAGAUAUGCAGAAAUACAUGUGUACAGAGAUAUGCAGAAAUACAUGUGUACAGAGAUAUGCAGAAAUACAUGUGUACAGAGAUAUGCAGAAACACAUGUGUACAGAGAUAUGCAGAAACACAUGUGUACAGAGAUAUGCAGAAAUACAUGUGUACAGAGAUAUGCAGAAACACAUGUGUACAGAGAUAUGCAGAAAUACAUGUGUACAGAGAUAUGCAGAAAUACAUGUGUACAGAGAUAUGCAGAAAUAUAUGUGUACAGAGAUAUGCAGAAAUACAUGUGUACAGAGAUAUGCAGAAAUACACGUGUACAGAGAUAUGCAGAAAUAUAUGUGUACAGAGAUAUGCAGAAAUAUCUGGACACGAAAAGGAAACAAGCUGA